AUGGUGCACUGCGCGGGGUGCGACAAGCCCAUCCUGGACAGGUUCCUGCUCAAAGUUCUGGACCGGACCUGGCACGUCAAGUGCGUGACGUGCUGCGAGUGCAAAAGCAAUUUGACCGAGAAGUGUUUUUCUAGAGACGGGAGACUCUACUGCAAGACGGACUUCUUCAGGAGGUUUGGCACAAAGUGUGGCGGCUGCUCUGAGGGCAUCUCCCCCAGCGACCUGGUGCGGCGCGCGCAGAGCAAGGUGUUCCACCUGGGCUGCUUCACGUGCGUCAUGUGCAACAAGCAGCUGUCCACGGGCGAGGAGCUGUACGUCCUGGACGAGCUCAAGUUCAUCUGCAAGGAGGACUACCAGAACAGCCAGGGCCGCGACACCGUGCUGCUGUCAGUGACGACGUGCAGCGACCCGAGUCUCUCCCCGGACCCGCAGGACCCGCUGGCGGACGACGGCAAGGAGUCGGAGGGCGGCCCGCUUUCGGACAAGGAGGGCGCCAACAACGAGAACGAGGAGGCGAGCGUGGCGGGAAAGCGGCGCGGGCCCCGGACCACCAUCAAGGCCAAGCAGCUCGAGACGCUCAAGGCGGCGUUCGCGGCCACGCCGAAACCCACGCGCCACAUCCGGGAGCAGCUGGCUCAGGAGACGGGGCUCAACAUGCGGGUCAUCCAGGUAUGGUUCCAGAACCGCCGCUCCAAGGAGCGCCGCAUGAAGCAGCUCAGCGCGCUGGGCGCGAGGCGACACGCGUUCUUCCGGAGCCCGCGCAGGAUGCGGAGCCUCGGGGAGCGCAUGGAGCCCGGGGAGCUUCUGGCCGGGGGGCCCUUCUCCUACUAUGCAGACUACCCAGGUGAGUACUACGGCUCCGGGGGAAACUACGAGUACUAUCAGGGCCCCCCGUCCUCCCAGGCCCAGACCCCCGCAGACCUGGGGUACGUCCCCUCCUCCGUCCCCACCGGCACCCCGCUGGGGGGCAUGGACCCUCAGCACCACCACCACCAUCAACACCCCCACCACCAGCACCAACACCCCGGGCACCAGGACGUCCCGUGCUACUCGGAUAUCAUGUCGGCCUCCCACCACCACCACGCCGCGGACUCGCCGAGUCCGGAGCCUAACGGGCCCGGAUCCAACGGCCCCGGGUCCAUGGGGCCCGGCUCCAUGCGCAGCGUGUCCAGCGACAUGUGUGGUUCGUCCGGGACCCCGUUCACGGUUCUGUCGCUCAGCGAGAACGGAUACACGAACCAGCUGUCCCAGCCAUCCUCCGAGGUCAGCGAGGGGACCGUCUGGUAG